GUUCUGGCGAGCGUGACUUGGAUUUCGUCUGCGAGUUCCGUCGUUUUGGCGGGCUUGCUUCUUUUCCUUUGGCCUCGGCCUGGUCGGCCAUAAUGUAAGUGCCCUUUACUUACCCACGGUACUAACAGGUGCAAGUUAUGAAGAUGUCGAAACCCGGUGAUCUUCGGGGCUGCGUCUUGGCCUUUUCUAAUGACAAGGACGCCUUGGCCUUCCCUAUCAAUGAUGAGGGCCCCACCAACAAAGCGGUUCGUGUAAUCGGUGGCCUGAAUUUAAACGAGGUCCAGAAUACCCCGACAAGCACGAGACGAAGUUCUUCUUCACUGCCGCAAGCGCUAUCCGUCCUUUCGUUGGUAUUCGAAUACUUUUCCCGACCAGACAGAACGUCGACUGUCAGCUUCCAGGACAAGGAUGGCCAUCCCCUGAAAGCACACUCCAUAACCAUAAAGUUAUAGGCUGGGACGUUCACAAGCUCUGGAAAGAAGAUGUCGCCAGAUGAAGUCGCGAGACUCCCUCCUCUGACCGACAUCAAGCCGGACACACUGUUCGUCCUGCGAUUUACGCUCAAGGACGGCGAGGUGCCGCAGGUGGAGAGUUACGGCCUUCCUACCGUCUGCGAGGUCAGAGACCAGGUCAUAUUCGACGGGGGCGCUGAAAUCGACGGCGUCAUGAGCCUUCGCGAACUCUGCCACCAGAGGAGAUUCAAGGUCAUCAGUGCGCACUGCGGCAUGUUCCUGCCAAGCAUCAACAAAAACCUCGAAGACCACUUUGGCACGAUACCCCAGCGUCUCUACCCGUGCACAAUCGGUGUAUGGGACUUCCUGGCUUACAAGGACCAGCUCGCGCGGAAAGAGUGCAUCCGAUCUGAACCGUACGAGACGGUGUACAAGUUCGGAAGCCACGAGGACUGUGCCAUCGCCAUCUCGCAGGGUGUUGUUCAGGACGCCUUCCACUUUAUAAAGGACGUCCAGGAGAUCAGGGAGAGCAAGGUGGAAUGCGUAUUCCUGACGGACCCCGAUUCCGAUGGCGACCCCAAGACGGCCGGGGCCGGGUCCGCGAAGCAGCCCGGCCAUAUGCCGUCCGGGCAUAUGGCCAAGUACGGCAACACUCUGAAGCGCCUACUCAAGGGAGAUGCCCAGUUCGAACUAGCUUUCGAACUGCCGCCCUCUAAGAAGAGCAGGGACUUCAAAGUCUGGAAAGCCCGCCAGAUCUCCGCGGAACCAUGCAAGGAGACUCGCUGCGACUUUGCCAUGAGGAUCCGCCGUCCUCGACGCGGUGAGCGAGGGGAAAACAUGCGCAACGUCGAUCUCGGCUGGAAAGUGUCCGUGACGUACAGCAAGGUCAACAAGUCGUAG